AAAUAAGAAAUUUCACGUUUAUGUGGUUGGCUGCACUUCCAGUCGUUCACGUUCGGGAGUUUUAAAAUCCCGAUAUGGAUAAAAUUUUAAUAUUAUCUAUUAAAUUAUGAAACUUACUUGUUUACCUUACACAAAUUCCGAUGCCAAUAAACAUUAAUGUAAAACUAUAAUCGUUAAUGGAUAAAAUGUAAUCCUGAUGAGGUUAACCGUGUACGUGGGAAAGUACAUACCCCGUACAAUCCAACAAAAGCAAUGUCGGAGACUGAUUUUAUAUAUGUACAUCCUAACAAAAAAUCUAAUCGAUAUAACAGCGGAGAAAAAUAUGAGUUCAAACGUACACAAACGCGAAAUUUAUCCCAAUGCAAUUCAAUAGAACCAUCGGAAAGGAACAAUUUUCGAAGAAAUCGAGAGAAUGAGAGGAAAUAUCUGGAAAAGGUGAAGAUGGAAAGGCAGUUGGCUGCCAUCAAUUCGAAGAAAAAGUCUUGCGACGAGGAUUCGGAAGAAGAGAGAAAGAAUAAUUUUCGUAAGAAUCUGGAGAAUGAGAGGAAAUGUCUGGAAAAAUUGAAGGUGGAGAGGCAGUUGGCUACGAAGAAGAAAUCGUCCUGCGACGAAGAUUCGGAAGACGAGAGGAACACUUUUCGAAAAAAUCUGGAAAACGAAAGGAAAUAUCUGGAGAAAUUGAAAACUGAGAGGCAGUUGACUGCCGUGAAGAAGAAAAAAUCCUGCGACGAAGAUUCGGAGGAGGAAAGGAAUACUUUUCGAAGAGAGUUGGAAAAUGAGAGAAAAUAUCUGGAGAAAUUGAAAGCGGACAAACAGUUGGCCGCCAUAAAAAAAAAAUCUUGCGACGACAUCGAGGAGGAGGAGGACGAAAGAAUUAGUAACUCGUGGUUCUUUCAAUGUUGUAGGAGAAGGAGAUUACCCGCGAAGAAGGUCCACAGGAAAAGGCCAACAUUCUGGCAACGGGUCAGGGGAAAAUUGAAAAGGAAGAAGAAACCGAAGAAGGCAAUUUUCGAGGAAGAGGAUGAGAAGAUCAAGCGGAAAAAGAAGAAAGAGAUGCCCGAGUACGAGGCGGAGAAGCCGGAUAAAGUGGAGGAUGCGCCGCCUGAAACCAAGAAGGAAAUAGAUUUCACGAAGAGCUGUUGUUAUUUGUGCGCCAAGAACACGAUGGCGAUCGCUGCGGCGCUCACGAAAGGUGAAAAAUUUCACAUAUCCAUACAAGCGUCGACGAAGGAAAUAGCGACUUCCGACAAAAGCUGCAGUCCAACCAUAUACGUGAGAACCGUGCAAUCAUCCGUUAAGGUUAGGACGCGCGAUAUAGGGACCUCGUUCCCCGAGAAGAAGAAGGAGAAGAAGGCGAAGAAAGCGAAGCCAAAGUUGAAAAUUCCGAAGAGGUUGCAGGCAAUGAUCCCGAAGUUGAGAUUUCCAAUGUAUCCGAAAGUGCAAACGGUCGCUUGUGAAACGGAUAAAUCGAUGAUACCGCAGUGUAGGGCAAGGCAAGGUGUCAACUGCGUGACGGAGGCGAAAGUGGCGAUGCAAGCGGCAAAACUGAAAGCUGAUAAACUUAAUAACCAAAAUUGUACAAACAAGAAUUUUGUAUAAAUUAUUUGAUAUAGAUAUAUAUAUAUAGAGUUUCUUUUAAUCGUUUUUCAUAUAUAUUCGGUUCAGUACUUUGAUAUUCAGUUUUUAACAGAAUUUUAUGUGAAUAUUAUAAUUUAUCGCAUCACAGUUAUACGAUAACGUAAUAUUUAAUGUCCAUUCAAUAUGAACGAAAUAAAUUUAUAUUAUGAAGUUAAAAAAAUUAA